UAUAAAAACUCGGGGAUCCCAAGUUAUUCAAUCACAUCGAAUUUUGCUCCCCACUUGUGUAGCGAUAGUCAUAAAAUAAAUAAAAGAUGAGCCAAUUACUAACUGUAGCCUUGAUCUUGGGAGCAAUUGCCUGCUCGGUGAACGCUUCGUACGCUGGCACUUGGUGUUCUGGAACGGGGUAUAUCGUGGAUCCGUCCAACUGCAAUAUUUACUACCAAUGUAGUAACGGAAGGUAUGAGAAGCACCACUGCCCAUCUGGGCUUAACUUUAAUGGUCGUGGAUUCUAUUGCGACUGGCCUGCAAAUUCGCCAUGCGAAAAUACCGUGGUAAUGCCACCGACAACUACGACGACAACUACUCAACGCCCAACCACCACGACGACAACUACUCAACGCCCAACCACCACCACGACAACAACUCAACGCCCAACCACCACCACCACCACGACUCAACGCCCAACCACCACCACCACGACAACCCAACGCCCUACCACCACCACCACCACAAAACCCCCCACAACUCGUCCCCCCACUUCCGGCACUCCCCUCAUCUCUCACGCCGAAUUCCAAUCCGCCGCUGCCACCAAGGGGGGCAAUCCAACGUCCGACUACUACCUCGGCUUUAUCGCGUCCCUCCCCAAAGCGCAGAUCAGCACGAGACGUGAAGCCAUCCUCUUCUUGGCCCACGCCACCUGGGAAACCGUGGGCUUCAUCUACACAAAGGAAGUAUACUGUCAAACCCAUCUAGCUGAUUGUCUCCGAGCAUAUCCCAACAAUGCGGGUGGUCUGCCCGGUCGAGUCUAUUACGGAAGAGGAGUUAUGCAACUAACUUGGGACUACAACUACCGUGGAGCUUCGUCCUACUUGUAUGGGGAUGAUAGGCUCUUACAAAACCCGGAUGUCGUAGGUGAAGACCCAGCCGUUGGGUGGGCCACCGGUGCCUGGUACUGGUACGCUAAUGUGCACACCCGCUCUCAAACUUUCGGCUCUACUCUCAAGGCCAUCAACGGUGCGCUCGAAUGCGAGGGAGGCAGCCACGGACAGAAUAGAUACUUGCGAUUCAUGCACUACAAAGAAAUCCUCACCCGACUGGGAGAACCACACCCAGCGGAUGACGAUGGUUGGUGUACAGCCUGGUGAACAUAACAUCCAUCCAAUUUUAUACAUGCUCUGUCAUAACUCACUCCUCCGUUGGAUGAUGAUUGAUGUUGCUGUUAUUUUGAUACUAGUCGUUCCGUUACAGUCAAAAACCUUCCCUUCUCUGAUAAGACACGUAAUAAAAUAUAAAGCAAUAAAAUGCA